AUGCCUAUGUCGGCGACGGCGGAUACAAGCAAGACGGUGAAGCUGGAGAGGUACAACAGCUACCUCCGCAAGAUUCACAGUACCAAAGUUCUCAACGCGUCUUCUAAAGUUCUUUUCCGAGCUACGCUUCUUGUAGCUCUUGUCCUCGUCCUCCUCUUCGCCAUCAACUACCCUCCACUCUCCGACAGCCGAGCCGCCGCAGCUCAUCACCUCCACCGCCGUAGCUUCUUAUCCACCGGACUCUUCUCCUCCUCUUCCUCUUCCUCUUCCUCCUCUUCCUCUAUCGGUGGAGCCGCGUGGGAAAAGCGCGUUAGACAAUCCUCAACAGCCAAAAGACCACGCGGUCUCUCUGUCCUAGUCACUGGAGCUGCCGGCUUCGUCGGAUCCCACUGCUCACUAUAUCUACGGAAACGUGGCGAUGGAGUCUUGGGGUUCGACAAUUUCAACGAUUACUACGACCCAGCACUCAAAAGAGCAAGACAAGCGCUCUUGGAGAAGCAACAAGUGUUCAUAGUCGAAGGUGAUCUCAACGAUGGACCACUCUUACGUAAACUCUUCGAUGUCGUCCCAUUCACUCACGUCCUCCACUUAGCCGCUCAAGCCGGAGUACGCUACGCCAUGAAGAACCCUCAAUCCUAUAUCGCAUCCAACAUAGCUGGAUUCGUAAACCUCCUGGAAGUGGCUAAAGCAGCUAAUCCUCAGCCAGCGAUCGUUUGGGCUUCGUCUAGCUCUGUUUACGGUCUCAACACUGAGAACCCAUUCUCCGAAGAACACAGAACAGACCAACCAGCGAGUCUUUACGCCGCAACCAAGAAAGCCGGAGAAGAGAUCGCACAUACAUACAACCACAUCUACGGUCUCUCCUUAACCGGACUAAGGUUCUUCACAGUCUACGGUCCAUGGGGAAGACCAGACAUGGCUUACUUCUUCUUCACCAAAGACAUCCUCCACGGCAAAUCAAUAGACAUUUACAGAACACAGGACAAUCAAGAAGUGGCGCGUGACUUCACAUACAUAGACGACAUCGUCAAAGGAUGUGUCGGUGCGUUAGACACGGCGGAGAAAAGCACAGGAAGCGGAGGAAAGAAGAGAGGACAAGCUCAGCUACGUGGCUUUUAG